AUGUCUAUUCUCGUUCGGCCGCCCAAGCGCAAAUUAGAUGAGGUCGAUGCGCUAAAUGACGGCCCGCGGAAGCAAAAUUCUAAUUCAAGUGAUCUGGGACUUUCGCAAUGGGCUUCGCGUCCACCGAGUGAACAGACCGAAACAUCCGGAGAUUCGCAGGCGCUGGUGGUCUCGCUGCGAGAACUUCACUCCAAUCGCGGAUCACCCGUCCUCUUUGAGAAUGGCCCGCUGCAGAGCCCGCGCAACUUCCAUCCGAAAGCAUCGGUUGUGCUGAUCGGGAUUCGAGGCACUGGAAAAUCCAGCCUUGCCGUUAUCCUGUCGGCGUCAUCGGGUCGACGCUUGAUCGAUGCUGACAGGUACUUCCAUCAGAUAACAGGCUACUCUCGCGCCGCUUUCAAAAAAGAAAAUGAUCAUGCGGAGUAUCGAAAACAAGAAGCGCGGGUCUUUGAGUCGAUGCUGGCUGACAACCAAGAUGGUUGUGUGAUUGCGUGCGGAGCCGGAUCGAUGGAACGCAGUGGCCAACAACUACUGAGAGAAUAUGCGCGCACACAUCCAGUAAUCCAUGUCACUCGAGAUCCGGCCAGCAUCCAGUCAUAUCUCAAGGCUUGGGAUACCCAAAAAGUGCGGCAUUUUUUGGACUUGUCGGGGCCAAUAUACCGUGGAUGCUCCAAUCUAGAAUUCUUUAAUCUCUCCGAAACUAUUCGUGGCCAGCGAGUCUUUAGGGAUGGACACGAUUCACCGUCAGACCCCAAAGUCGACCAAAGGGCGCAUACUCCGACUCCAUUUUUGACCCUGAAGCGUGUUCAGCGGGACUUUCUCCGUUUCAUCGCCUUUGUAACAGGAGAUGGGGCGGAGCUGAGCCGUCAGCACGCAUCUUUCCCAUUGUCGUUGUUACCGGUCGAAUCGCGAAGCUAUACUUCUGCAGUUUCGGUUCCAUUCUCCGCCAUUGGCGACAAAGACUUGGAUAUCGAGGAGUUGGAAUUCGGUGCAGAUGCCUUUGAAUUGGCUAUUGAUGUGACGGGCUCUUCGAACCUGGUCGAAGUUGACUCGAACUUGGCGGACAACAUCAGUCAAGCGGUAGCCACAAUCCGUCGCAAUAUCAUCGUCCCUUUGAUCUACCAUGUUCAGAGUUAUAUGGCCCCUGUGGGAUCCCUAUCGCCAAACCACACCCCACAACGGUGUCCGGACGAUGAAUAUCUGAAUCUAGUACGGCACGGAUUGCGGCUGGCCCCGGACUUUCUGACCAUCGAUCUAUCUCGCGAUGAUACCCUGCUCACCCAAAUUAUGAGUAUUAAAGGGCUCAUUCGGAUAAUUGGACAUUUCGAAGCAUUUCAUCCCCUGGCUGGAGGCUGGGAUGGCGAUGAAUUUAUGAAAGUCUAUGAGCGGGCGAAAAGGAUAGGAUGUGAUAUGGUCCGGCUGUGCCAACCAGCCGAAUCAAUGGAGGACAAUCUUGCAGUGCAGCGUUUCCGGCAUCGCAUCCAGAGUCUUCCUGUGUCGGGGCUCCCUCUCAUUGCCUACAAUACCGGCCCUCUCGGCCGUGUAUCGCGCUGCUUUAACCCCAUCCUGACACCUGUCACGCACUCUUCUUUGGUUUAUACCAGUCCGGCACAAUUGCGGCCCUACAUCACCUCCCGUGAUGCGCAGAAAGCACUAUACAACUCAUUUGUGCUGGAUCCGAUGCAAUUCUUUGUAUUUGGUGCCAAUGUCACCUACAGUAUGUCGCCAGCGAUGCACAAUACCGCCUUCGAGUUGUGCGGAAUGCCCCAUCUCUACUCGAUUUACCAGUCACCUACCCUGCGUGGAUUAAAUGACUUGGUCGAAAACCAACAUUUUGGUGGAUCAAGUGUCAGUCUCCCGUACAAAACGGAAGUCAUUCCUCUGCUCCACUCCAUGUCGCCACAUGCCCAGGCAAUUGGCGCCGUCAACACGUUGAUUCCGAUUCGAAAUCUCGACGAUUCCGAUCCCCGUGCCUCGCAGGAAUCUUCGGUGCACCUUGAGAAGAGCCGCGCGGGUCCUAUCAAGGGUCUGCAUGGUGACAAUACUGACUGGAUCGGUAUCUGCAAUUGCAUCCGGCGUGGCCUUUCUCCCGCAAACGCCGUGCGUCCGUCAUCGACAGGUCUUAUCAUUGGAUCGGGCGGUAUGGCUCGGGCCGCUGUAUACUCGAUGAUCCAUUUGGGUGUGCAGAACAUCUUCGUAUAUAAUCGCACUAUUGCAAAUGCGGAGAAGGUGGCUCACCACUACAACCGCCAAGAUCUGCACCCUAAAGCAGAGCGCAUGUCUACCGGUCGCCCCAGAGUCGGUACUUUGGCUUCAUUGCAGGACCCAUGGCCCUCAGCCUUUAAACAGCCAACGAUCAUUGUGUCUUGUAUCCCUGCUCAUAGCAUCGGUGGUCAGCCGGCACCUAACUUCCACAUGCCCUCCCACUGGCUGGAAAGUCCCACGGGUGGUGUGAUUGUUGAUUUGGCAUAUAAACCCCUCAAUACGCCUCUCAUGAAGCAGAUGCGAGCGUUGUCCCAUCGUGGCUGGGUUGCCCUGGACGGUCUCGACGUCCUGCCCGAGCAGGGUUUCGCCCAAUUUGAGUUGUUUACGGGACGCCGGGCACCACGGCGGUUGAUGCGGACCAUUGUGCUCCAGGAGUACAAAGAUGAUGAGGGGCAAGAUGACCAGAAUGCGAUUCGGGAUCGACUGCAAAACCUUGACGGCCAGCCGACAUGA